AUGGCUGGAUUUGGAAAAUUCGAUGAUUCUAAUCGGGCACAAUAUCCCGACGACGGUCAGGCCGACUACUCAUACGAAACGGCCAACUAUGACAGCGGCAAUCUCGAACAAGGUGGCGGCGAUGGCCGUGGAAGCAGGAGCGCAUCGCUUCAUGAUCCGGACUCGGGUGUCAAGAGAGGUCUCAAGAACCGCCACCUAUCUAUGAUGGCCUUGGCCGGCAUCAUCGGUCCCGGUCUCCUUGUUGGUGCCGGAGCCGAGCGCAUGGUCGACCGAUCGUUCUCCGUGGCUGUGGGUUGGAACUACUUCAUCAUCUGGGCCUUCGUCCUGGCCAACGAGUACAACAUCGUGUGCAGCAUCCUGACGUAUUGGACGCCCGACGUACCGCUCUGGGGCUGGUUCCUGAUCCUGUGGACCCUCUUCCUUGGCUUUCAGCUGCUGGGUAUCAACGCCUUUGGCGAGGCUGAGUUCUGGCUCGCCCUGGUCAAGCUCCUCGGCCUGACCGCCUACUUCGUCUUCGCCAUCAUAUACGCCGCCGGCGGGCUCAUUGGUCAGAGCGAAUCCGUGGGGUUCAGGUACUGGCGCGAUCCGGGCGCCUUCAACGACGAGGGCUUCCGCGGCGUCGCCACCGUCUUCGUCUUCUGCUCCACCUUCUACGCCGGCGUCGAGUCCGUCGCCAUCGCUGCCACCGAGACGCGUAACCCCGGUAUCGCCGUGCCCCAGGCCAUCCGCCAGGUCUUUUGGCGCAUCAUCUUCGUCUACAUGGGCUCUGCCUUCUUCUUCGGCCUCACCUGCCCAGCCAACGCUGAAGGUCUCGCUGGCAGCGGUGCCAAGGCCCUGCAGAGCCCCAUGACUAUCGCCAUUCGCACCGCCGGUUGGGAAGGAGGCGUCCACCUCAUCAAUGCCUUCAUCCUCGUCACCUGCGUCUCGGCCAUCAAUUCGUCCAUCUACGUCGGCUCCCGCACCGUCCUGUACAUGGCUCAGUCAGGCAAGGCCCCGCGCAUCCUGGGCUGGGUCAACUCGCAUGGCGUACCCGUGUGGGCCAUCCUGUUGACCAACGCCGUCGGCUCCAUCUCCAUGAUGAAUGUGUCGACCGGCUCCGCCACCGCCUACAGCUACAUUGUCAGCCUGUCGGGUGUGAGCACCUUCUUGGUCUGGGGGUCAAUCAGCUUCAUUCACAUCCGCUUCCGUCGCGCCUGGUCCGUCCAGAACCGCGACGUCAACGACAUGCCCUACCGCGGCCUGUUCUGGCCUUUCAACGCCUAUUUUGGCCUCGUCGCCAACCUGUUCCUCGCCCUCGUUCAGGGCUGGACCACCCUCUCACCCUUCUCCGCGCCCGACUUUGUCGUCGCCUACAUCCUGUUUCCCGUGUCUGGACUCAUAUAUCUGGUCUGCAAGAUUUACUGGAGGGGAAGUGACAAGAUCAAGAGAGCACACGAGAUAGACCUCGACAGCGGCAGGAGGGUUGAUCUGGACCGCAAGGACGUGGGACCUACUACUGUGGGGGACACCAAGCCGGCUCUUACGGUUCUCAAGAAGGCCUGGGCCUGGCUCUGA